ACGCUCCAGCGCCAAGUCUCUCAGACUCCUGAAGUAGGAGCGACUCAGUAGGAGCUUCUGUACCAGUUAUCAAAGGAGUAGAGACGUUCCCUCGGGUAUUGACCGCUUGCAUCGACUGGGCAAAAAAAAGGCUCCAGAUUAUGGACUGUCUCGUCAUGCAGCGACAGUGGAACCUGGAGCUUUUCUGAGAGGAUUCAGCAAUGCCACAGUGAAAGGAACUUUGAACUAACACCGUUUGCUGGCUUUGCAGUUUGCAUUUGAUAUGCACUGACACUGCAAUCUGUAACAGCGUUUCUGACUCUAUUACAUGCACAGUUGUGUGGGAAUAUACAGCCUGAGACUUUUGCGUAAAGAACUGCUGCGUUUUUGGAACAUCCUCUGGAAAGAUAAAUGGUUGUUAUUUCAUAAACUGCAUCCCCACCGCGGCGCAUUCUUCUCUAAGUUAUUUUUGGACAUUUGUAAGCGAGGUGCACAGAUCGACGGCUGGAAUACCACCACAACGAGGACUGACUGCAGAGAGCGUUUUUCCUCAGUGCAUGGAUUGUGCGCCCUGGGACCUUGUCAAACCUGAGAGCGUCAGGCGACGUUAAGAGAAGCCACGUUUAUAAAAGCCGUGCGUAAAAAUAACAUUGGCCGAGGCAGCCCCUCAUUGCCGGGCGCGUGACAUUUAAAACUUAGUGAAGUGCUCUCUUUGUGCCCCCUUCUCUCUCGGGACGCUCCGGAUCUAUUCUGUCUCUUUAGAAAACACUUCAUUCCAUGCAGCUCUCGCCUCGGCCGCUGUCAUCCAGUGUAGACAGUUCGUCGUGGCUUCGAGUCCCCGGGGUAACCAUGACAACCGAAAGAAACCCAAAGUGAAUCCAAGGGAGCGGGGUGAGGCCAGAGAGAGCGUGAAUAGAGUUUUCUCCAUUCUGUUUUGUGCUUUUUUGUGUUUAGACUAAACGGGUUUUUUUGCAAAGCGUCGCGCUGCAGAGUUGCAUCAGUGGGCAAAUUGCAAAGUUGAAGGAGCCCUAAAAAGCAAAGCGCUCCAUGUCAUUCAAACCCGACGCGGUCUAUUAAAAGUAUCGCCUUGCUGGUGACUGAACUUCUACUAUUUAUGAAGCCCCGGGCAAGUGAUUGCAGAGAACACAGCGACCGGGAAGAGAAUUGAAUAUCAUUUACGCGUGAAGAACCCGUGCGUAAAACCAAGAGGAAUAAUGGGCCUCUCACAAACGCUUCUCGUGUACGUGCUGGUGUGCGUUCACCUUGGAGUUUCCCAGCAUUACCUUCGCCUCCGUCCAUCGCCCAGUGAUCACCUCCCCGUGCCAGAUCUAAAGGAGGACCCCGAUCCGGAGUACGACCCCCGGGAGCAGGACUUGGCCGAGAGGACUCUGAGGAAAAAGCUCGGCAGUAACUUUGACCCCAACUUCAUGUCCAUCACCUCGCCCAUGUUGGUGAACCUCUCGGCGCCAGAGGUGAAGCUGCAGGGGCCCAUGCCCAACGAGAUUAAAAAGCUGGACCUCACAGAGACCCCGUAUGGGAAGCGGGUAAAAGUGGGCAAGAAAGCCCGCAGGAAAUUUCUGCAGUGGCUGUGGACCUACACGCACUGCCCUGUGGUACACACCUGGAAGGAUUUGGGCGUGAGGUUCUGGCCACGUUACAUCAAGGAGGGAAACUGUUUCUCUGAGCGCUCGUGCUCCUUCCCAGAGGGGAUGUCUUGCAAACCAGUCAAGUCAAUCAACAAGAUUUUCCUCCGGUGGUAUUGUCAAGGCUUUCUAAGACAGAAAUACUGUACGUGGAUACAGGUGCAAUACCCAAUCAUCUCAGAGUGCAAGUGUUCGUGCUGAUUUUCUCUAAGGAAGGUGGUCGAAAGGGGGGAGUGGACUGGAAAUACGGUUUCUAUUGCACUGUUAACUCUCUACAGAGGUGGGCACCAUAGCAAAUCUAUUUUUUUAUAUAGCAUUUUAAGUGAAAUACCAACAUUGUACAUAUUUAAGAAAAAUGCAGCUAUUUUUUCUAAUUGAACCAGGACCAUAUUUUAUUCUCAGCCCUGAAAACGUGUUUUUUUGGGGGAACACGAGCACUUCAUAAGGAAGAGCUUCUUUUUUGAUAUUUUUUAUGAGACAUUGAAGAUGCAAUGCAUAUGCUACACUUCUCCAAGAGGUGAACUUUUUUUCUUCAUCUUCAACUGAACAUUGAUGCUGACUGUUAUUUCACUGCAAUGCUGCCUAGAGUUUUUGUAUAAUAUUAAUAUCAAUAAUAAUUAAAUUGUAAAAAAAAAAAAAAAAAAAAGUUGAGGUUAAAGAUAUAUAUAAAGGCGUGAACU